AUGGAAAACGAAGCAAACGGGAUGUUUCCUAUUGAAACAUUUAUGCUUAGUGUCAAACCUGAUGAGCUGUCAUCGGUUGCAGAAUCAGUCGGAGAAUCAGUUGUCAAAAUUACUAUGGCAGCCCUGGAUCUCUCCUCUAGUGAAAGCUUAAAACCUACAGUUGUUAAAAUAGUCACUAGAGCCGUUGCCGAUGAAGAUGAAGAAGAUGAAGAAGAUGAAGACGAUGAAGACCCUACUUCAGAAGAAACUGCUAUCGUUUGCACCUUAUCUCCUAAAUUCUGCCUGCAACAGAAACUUGAUCUUUAUCUUACCCCUAAUGAAUCUGUUUUUUUCACUGUUGAAGGCCCACAUAAAGUUUCGAUUACUGGUAACGUUGUUACUCAUCCAUUUGAUGAUGAGAAUAGCGAUGAUGAUGAUGAUGAUUUUGAUCCAGCUGAUUAUUUGGACAGAGAGGAGUAUGAUCUUUCCCCUGAUGAGGAUGAGUUAGAUCUUUCUUCUGGAAGAAUUGAGGAAAUUGUCGAAGAAACUAAAUCGACCAAAAAAGAAUCAAAAUCUAAUAAGCGAGCUGCUGAAGAUGGUGACUCUAUAAAGAAUAGCAAAGACGAAAAAGUCAAAAAACAAAAAAAAAUUGAAGAAAAGAAAGUUGCUUUUUCAAAAGAACUGGAACAAGGGCCUACACCCAGUAAAGAGAAGGUUGAAAAAUCCACUCUCAAGAAAUUAGCUGGAGGUAUCACUAUUGAAGAUAAAAAAGUUGGUUCAGGUCCUGUCGCUAAGAAAGGUAACAAGGUUAGUGUCAGAUAUAUUGGAAAGCUUCAAAACGGUAAGACAUUUGAUUCAAAUACAUCUGGCAAACCAUUUCAAUUCAAACUUGGUGCAGGCCAAGUUAUUAAAGGUUGGGAUCUUGGUAUUGCUGGGAUGUCAGUUAAAGGUGAGCGCCGAAUUGUUAUCCCUGCUCCCAUGGCGUAUGGUACUCAAGCUUUACCUGGAAUUCCUGCCAACAGUACUCUCAUCUUUGAUGUUAAAAUGGUUUCUAUUAAAUAA